AUGGAUAUACAAACUCUUACGGUGGAAUUAGACCCAGCGUCUAAACGGAAAGUGGUUAAUAACCGCUUCAAACUUCUUGAGACUAUAGGUCAGGGCCAAUUCGGGAAAGUAAUGUUGGCCGAAGACAUAUCACCAGAUAGAACAGAAGAUUAUGUGGCCAUUAAGACCAUCAAUAGAGUGGAUAAGACGAAACUCAUUACGCGAACGUACAUGAGCCAUACAUUGAAAAUCAAGAGGGAAAUUCAGAUAAUGAAGGAAUGCAAUCAUCCGAACGUCGUCAAGCUAUAUCAGGUUAUAGAUGAUAUGAAAUUCGACAAGAUAUUGCUCGUGUUGGAGUACUGCCAGCUUGGAGAGAUUGAAUGGAAGAAAUAUAAUCAUUACCACGAAAAAUACUUCAAGGACCCGAACAAGAGUAUUACCCUUAACAAAAUCCUACGAGACGUUACUAAUGGCCUAGAAUAUCUACACUCAUACAAGCAUAUAAUUCACAGGGACCUCAAACCAUCAAACUUGUUAAUCAGCCGAGAUCGGACAAUCAAGAUAUCCGAUUUUGGAGUGAGUCUCAUUUUAGAAAAUAAUGCCAAUGAUGAUAAAGAACUAGGGAAAACCAUGGGUACACCUGCCUUUUUUGCACCAGAGCUAUGCCAAUUUGUGAAUAAAAGGCUUCUGAUGUUCAAUGAGAAGGAUCUUUUGAAAAGCAGUAUUGAUGCCCGCAUAGACAUAUGGUCGCUUGGUGUCAUCCUUUAUUGUUUAUUUUUUCAUCAGCUUCCAUUUGAGGGAUUCAAUGAGUUUGGUCUUUUCAAAAAUAUAGUCAAUGGCGAGUUAAAAUUCCCUAACACGCAAAAGGGAUCCCAUGUGGAAGAGCAAGAUUUGAAAGAACUUGAUCUCCUCAAGAAUCUCAUUCGCAAGCUUUUAUCCAAAGAUCCUCGCCAUCGUCCGACAAUAAAAGAAAUCAAGGAAGACCCUUUCACUGUUUUUGAUUUGUCUCCAAAAGAAAUUGAAGACUUCAAAAAUUUUAACCGAGAUAUUAUUAAUAGCCAAUCACCGCUCCAAGCUGAAGCUUGGGCUUCAGACAACAAACUAACUUCAAAAAUCAAACACUUUUUUGUCGGAAAAGCUGAGUCGACAAUGACUCCAGUCCCACCAAGUCUGCUCCCAAUCACUGUGAAUAUGAAGCCUAAUCAAGAGGAGCCACCAAACCUCAUGGACUUGGGACGAGUGGAUGACCUACUAGAUUCGUAUUUGGAUGACUCUUCUUCGCUUGGCUCCAUUGAGGACGACUCAGAGCCAGAGGUUCUCGAUACGAACCACUUGUUAUCAUCACUUUCGGAGAAAACUUCGCAGGCGGAAUCCGAAUCGACGAUUAAAAAUUCUACUUCGAGUAAUUCAAAUCUGCUGAAGCUUUCCCGAGGCUCAAUCCCCCCACCUCUAAACUUAGUAUCAAGUUCAUUCCACAGUCCAACGAAGAGCGCACAUACUACACCCUUGAGAACAUCGCCAGCACGGAAUACGCCUACCGCAAAUGCAGUAACAAUUGGUGCUGGGUCACCACUGUCACUCAAGUCUAUUUUUAGUCCAUCCCGACGGUUCUUCUCCAGAGCAAAGAAGAAUGCAGAACAAAAGGCUGGACCAGCUACAAUAAAUGCGCUACUGUCGCCAUAUGAACGAGGAAGCCUCUCGAAUUACACAGAUCUCGUACCGCCACCAUUAUUUGGCCGUGAUAAACGACACUCAGGAGGUGAACUGAUACAGAGUUGCGAUAGUAUAGACAACGGGUCUCGCAAAAAUUCCAUCAGCUCUAUUCACUCCAAUCCAUUUUCGCGGAUCACAAGUUCCAGCUCCUCGCUUAAUCUUCAUGCGUAUUUGACGGACGAUUCACAUAGCAGAAGUAGCAUGGAGCGGAGCUUUGGUCGCAACAGUGUAGAACGGAGUAGCGUAGAACGCAACCCGGAACGCAACAGUAUGGAGUACUCAUUGGCCAAUGAGAUUGAGUUGGUUAGCGAUUCUGAAUCAGAGGAGGCGAACCGAACAUUGACUAUGGAGUCAGUAUCUCGAUCGGCUUGGGUGAAACGAGGUUUAGCCGAGGCAACUAAGCAACCUUGUAAAAAAUACACGACACAGAUACGAUUGGAUUUGUCUAGCCGUUUUCGAAACGGUGAGGCAUCACUGAGCGUCAGCGUCGCUUCCCAAUGGGGUAAAUGCAAUACAAGUGAGUGCGUCACCAAACAAGAGCGAAAAAGGUUUAGUGAGACCAACGUUAAUGACUAG